AUGACGUCUUCGGCAUCCCAUGGCCAUCUCAAUGGCUCAAACAGCUCCAUGUCUGCAAUACCAAACUUUGACAAAGUCCCUGCCGUCCCUGGCAUGCCUCAUGGCUACGCCUGGAAAGUUUGGGGUGAAGGCGAUCAGCUUGGAACGCUCAACUUGCUCACACCAGAGGUGGUGGCGAGGGCAGCACAAGAGAACAUCCGCACUGGUGACAGAGUGCAGAUCGACUGGGGUCUCGAUAGCGUAGAUGUUCCCACCAACCAGCGCAAGCACUUCCAUCAUGAGUUGAUCUAUCUCAAAGAGAAGCUCGGCGUUUAUGCCACCGACGAUGAGGUCCACCUCAACACGCAAACAUCCUCGCAGUGGGACGGGUUCAACCACUUUGCGCAUCAGGCGACAGGAGUGUAUUAUGGCGGUCUCAAGCACGACGACCUUCAUUCUGGCGCAGUGGACAAGACUGACAAGAACAGUAUGCACAAGUGGUGUCUAAAUGGUGGAAUUGCGGGACGUGGUGUGUUGGUAGACUGGGUGCAUUGGUGGGAGUCGACCAAGACGGAACCCAUUCCUGCUGCCAACUCAUCUUAUCCCAUUCCCCUAUCACAGAUCAAGGAGGUGCUCGCAUGGCAAAAGACGGAGCUAUGCACUGGCGAUAUCCUGUUGUUGAGGACAGGCGUGGUGAGAUGCUUCGAGCAGGCAUCGAGUGAGGAAAAAGUCAAGGGCAUGAUUGAGAAUGAUAACUUCUCUGGCUUUGAAGCCACAGAAGAGUCCAAGCGGUGGCUGUGGGACAAUCACUUCGCUGCUGUCGCCAGUGACAACAUGUCUUUCGAGUUCAGACCUCAUGGUGUCAAGGGAGGCAUUGCAUCUUCACCAAAUGCCAUCUGUGUCUUCUAA